AUGGGCUAUCCGACUAUUACAGUAGUGACCAUUCUGCUGCUUUUAGAACAUGGGGGAUGCGACCUGUGCGACAUCUGCCGGCGGAAGCGAGACAGUGCGGUCCGUUUGCCGUAUAACCAGCGGUGGUACUUCGACGCCUCCUCGUUUCUCUGCCAGCCGUUCAACUUCUGCGACGAUGAGAUCACGGAACGCAUGAAGGGCCGCAAGUCAAAGACUGAAAUCAGCUGCGGAGGCGUGGACUGUUUCGAGUGGCUGUACGAGUCGCUCAAGAAGAGGCAGGCGCAGGAAAGCGACCUGCCUAAGGUCAUGCUGAGCCACCACCAGUAUCAGGUGCACCAGGAGACGACGGCGUCAUCUGUGUCCAAGCAGCCCGUCUUCACCGAGGCUGCCAGGCACAGCGAGGCGCCGACGACCCAGCGGCCUUCCACGGUCACUGUUAGGACCAUACUCAAGGAACCCGCCACUUCCCAAGACGACACGCUGAACGAAGCCGAAGCUCCCUACGAGUUCGGCUUGUCCAAGCCCGAGGCUAUUCACGUCCCUUUGGUGCCCAAGCACAGCUCGCACCACAAGCCCGAGGUGUGCAUGCUGACGCCCGACCGCGGCCGUCGCUGGCCGUGCUCCCAGCGCUGGUACUACGAGCCGCACGAGAACGCCUGCAAGACGUUCACCUUCUGCGGUCAGAAGGGAAACAGGAACAACUUCCUCACCAACGAGACCUGCUACGAGCAGUGCCACGAUGGUAGUCGUCGUACCUAGGUCGCAGGAUAGGCGCCAUCUGCGAGCAACGCUGUGUUCCACAUUCUACGCUAGACUGAAGUUGUAUUGUGUCGAAAAGACCUUGUAUUGGCAGAAAGUGGAACAAAUAAAUAAA